ACCAGCGUGGAGUUACUUUCCCUUCAAGGAGACCGACAUCACCGUGAUUUGUGGCGCUCCCCGUUCGCGGUGGUAUUUUCCUGUUGUGUUAAAUGCCUCUUACUAAGUAAUAGACGUGAUGGAUGUGGGCGACGAAGGGGUGUGUGGCUGCCUCGGCGAUCCAUCAGUGCACUCCCCUCCGCUGGCACCGCUCCCUGCCCCUCUUGCGUGAUGUAAGAUCAGACGUACCCUGCAUUGAAAAGUCAAGACACACGGGCUCGCUCGCUCGCUCGCGCUCACACGCGCUGCCUCUCCCCCACGCGCGCAUCCGUGCACCUUCCACAUCCUGCUCCAGGCAGGAGCGGGCGGACGGGCUGGGCUCCCGGAGCUGAAGCAUUUCCAGUGACAUUUGUAAAUGACGCUGCUCCCUCCCGGGCUCCGAGCCGCCGCCGCCGCGGGGCCGAGGGUGCCGCCGAGCCGUCUCCAGCGCAGGCUUCCCUCCCGGGCGACCGCGAUGUCCGAGUUCCUCCUCGCCUUCCUCACUCUCUCGGGAUUACUGCCGAUCGCCAAGGUGCUGACCGUGGGAGCCGACCGAGAUCAGCAGUCCUGUGAUCCUGGUGAAUUUCUUUGCCACGAUCAUGUGACUUGUGUCGCCCAGAGCUGGCUGUGUGAUGGGGACCCUGACUGCCCUGAUGAUUCAGACGAGUCUUUAGAUACCUGUGAGUAG